AUGCUAGUGAAUCUCCGCACUGCUGGUGCUGGAGGUGCUGGAGGUGCUGCUGGAGCUACUGGCACUGGAGGUGCUGGAGGUACUGCUGGUGCUAGAGGUGCUGGCGCUGCCGGAGCUUGUGGUGCUGCUGGUGCUGGAGGUGCUACUGGAGCUGCUGGUGCUGGAGGUGCUACUAGAGCUGCUGGUGCUGGAGGUGCUCGUGCUGCUGGUGCUGGAGGUGCUCGUGCUGCUGGUGCUGGAGGAGCUGGAGCUGCUGGUACUACCCCGCGCCGACCGUUUUUUACUACCCGCAGCCGUAGUCGUCCCUGCCGCCGCCUGACUCGGUCCUUUGCCAGGUUCUUAGUCUCCCGUCUUCCACUGGCCUCACUCCACCUCUCCUGUGUCCACCGGCAGACCAGUCUCAGCCACAGCUACUGCCUGGCUCCCUGCUGCCUGUUCCUGCUCCUCACACUGAGGUGA